CACCCUAUGUCAAAUUGGUUGGCAUGGAAACGGAGUUGUUUAUCAAUAAAAUAUUUUAGGGAAAAGUUCGUUUUGUCGUUUUGUCAAUAUCAGCCACAAAUUAAUUUAGAAUCUCGAUGAUAAAAAAAUGACGGAGCCAAAGAUGAAAAUACAAGAUAACCCAAAAAGAGUGCUGGAGCCAUACAUAAUUGCGUUGCAAAGUGAAUCGAAAAUGGCUCGUAAAGAAGCUCUCCUUAGCAUCAACAAAGAGAUAUUUGAUAACCCCGAGCACGAGGAUUGUGACUUGACUGUAGUGUUCCCUGAGAUAUACGCCUAUGUGCUGAAAAGUUUUUCAGAUGCUUCUGAAGCUUGCCGUGAGGCUUCCGCUAUGAUUAUUUCAAAUUUUGUCGAUCGUUUGCCCCUCAAUGAUUAUUACUUGACAUAUAUCAUGCCUGUGAUAGUCCGCCGUAUUGGUUGCCCUGAAAUAAUUGAAGAAUCUGAAGAAAUACGUUUGGUUCUAAUAGAACUUGUCCACAGGAUAAUUGAAAAAUAUAAAUCAACUCAUCUGCUUAGCUCGUUCAUGAAUGAUUUUACAAGUAUAUUAAGCAAGACAAGUGCCGACCCAUUUCCCAAAGUGAAGUUGGAAGCAUGCGAAUGUAUAGUUCUUGUGACUAAAGUUCUCCAAAGAGACUUUCAUUUUCAAUCUGAAAGCUAUGUGAAACCAGUACUGUCAAAUUUUUCUCAUCAACAUUUCAGAGUUCGAGUUGCUGCUGUAAAAACAAUUGGUGCCAUAGUACAGGCAGGAAAUGUAAAAUGUUUUGAAUUGUCAAUCACACCAAUGGCAGAAAAACUAUUUGAUGAAAAUACACAGGUUCGCUUGCAAGUCACUCUUGAGGUUGGCAACUGGAUGUUAAACUAUAGGGAUAGAUACUCAUUUUGGCACCGCAUGAUACCUCUACUAUUGACUAGUCUAAGUGAUGUAAUGGCUGAUGUUAGAGAAACAGCAACGAGGCUCUGGGAUGACAUAGGCUCACAGUAUAUGGAGGAAAAUGAAGAAGAUCUUAAGAAGCGGACUGAUUUUCUAAAAGAUGUUCCAUCACAUUACCCUGAUAUUAAGAGGCCAAACCUUGGAUGUAGACAUCUGGUGCAAACCAACAUUGGGAAAAUAGUGCCUGCUAUUGGACGAGAAAUGGAGGGUUGGCAGGCGGACGCGCGCCUCCGCUCGUCUCAGCUACUGUGUUGGCUCAUAUUGUGCGCGGAAGAGGGCGCCACGCAACAUGCCAAUACUAUUGUUAGGACCUUGCAUCGAGGUGCUGCCGAUGACGACCCUAGGGUCACGUUGGAGAUCAAACGUGCAUCGGAAUUGUUUGGUUACUUCAUCCAACCAGCUACGUGGUGGCCCUUGCUGGAAGCCGAGGUGGAUUCGUGGGGCGCCUUGCUCGUUAUAGCCAAUAUUAUCAAAGGUUCCCGCCCAGAAUUGGUUAAGGAGAAAGUUCUGAAGGAACUUACCAAAGAGCUGGCGGAUCCUGAUAGAUGUCGAGUGAGGAAGCCGAAGUAUCAAACCAACUUGCUCCACGUGACAGAAGCCCUGAUGGACCUGUGUAAGAAAGACUGCAUACCUGUUGCUGAGGACCUGUUCAUCAUCAACUUCACAGUGUACGCUAUGCCUGUGGAUGAUAGUAUACAGUUCAUGGCGCUAUCGAAUUUGGAUAAGCUACGGUACAUAGAGAAUUGUGGUCGCACUCUCACCAGCCUGUAUGACAAGCACAUUCGUCGCGUACUGGCCGAUAUUACCAGCGAUGCAUUAUCAUGGACCCUGUUGUCACCAGACCGAUGUCUUCUCGAGUGUGUGCUUAUGCGAUCAGGAUCAGCCAUGGGUGGUCAGCUACACCUGAUCGCUCCUCUCCUCAAGGAGUGUCUGGCUACGCCGAAAGUGGACCCGGAGGUGAGGCUGAAGAUCUUCACCGCUCUCUCCACGGUGCUGCUGCAGCGGCAGAACAAUUUCUGCAAGUGCGACAGUGAUAAACUGGAGGCAUUCCUCAAGGUAGUCAUCGAAGACGUGAUAAUGCCGAACCUGGUGUGGUCAGCGGGCAGGAUAUCCGAAGCUAUUCGUACGGCGGCAAUCGCAUGCUUGAGCUCCGCUCUACAAGAAUCGCCGCAGAACGGUGACGUCAUUAGCGUCGACAAGGGAGGCGACGGCGAUAAGAACGAAAAGGAAGUAAACCUAUUCCCAACCAGAGAGUCCCUAGAGCCGUUCAUAGACAAGAUGGCGCCGCUUCUAGUAGGCCUCGCUGAUGACAACUCGACUCUUACGCGGCAACACUCGUUGCGAGCCAUAUGCUACCUCAGCAAUUUGGCGAAGCAACGCGGAUGCUUCUCUGCUGAAGUCUUGAACAAAAUAUACUUCGUGGUGAUAAAACGGCUCGACGACAGCAGCGACAAGGUGCGCUCGUACGCCGUACAAACUUUAUGUACGCUGUUUAAGAACAGGCCCGACCCGUACGAUAUUGUAGUGUACGGGGCACACAUCGACGCUUUAUAUAGCGCGAUGUUAAUACAUCUUGACGAUACCGAGGAGUCGUUCAGAAAAGAAGUCCUGGACGCCCUCCUGAAACUGUGUGAUAUUGACCCACGGUUGUUGCUGAAGAAAGUACAGGCGAAUAUUCACCUGUACAGGAAUAAGGCUGCAUACGAGCGUCUUUCCGUUCAAGCUGAGAAACUAGUCAAGCCUUAGAGAGAAACUAGUCAAGCCUUAGAUUUUAAAUGAGUAAUGAUGAAGUGCCUUUAUUUAUGUUUACUGUGUCAAUGUUCUUCAGUUAAUGCUAUUACGAUUAUUAAAG